GCAGUGCGCCCCGGGACUGAGCGACGGCGUGCGAGGCUCCUCCGACCCGCCCGCAGCCCGCGCCCGACUCGGGCGCCCCCUCCGUGCCACUCCGGGAGCGAUGCCCCCCGCACCCCGCGCCCCCCGGGAGCGACGCGAGCAUGGAGAAGUCGAGUAGCGAGGAUUCUUCGAUCCACCGGAGUCCAUCUUUGGACAGCAAGGACUCGGACUUUGCCAAGCCGUCCACCUCGGGCCGCCCGUUCGGCCGCGGCUUCACGGCCGGCGCCUUCUACGGCACCGCGGGCUCCCGCGGCCAGAGCCGCGCCGAGGCUGGCGUGAAGACCGACAAGUACAAUGCGCCCAAAGGCAGCAAGUACGUGGUGUUUUACCUGGACCUGUCCUUUGUUCUCCUCCUAGAAUUUAAGAAGUGCAACAUGGCCAGAGGCUGCCUCUGCUGCUUGAAGUACACGAUGUUCCUCUUCAAUCUGAUAUUCUGGCUCUGUGGCUGUGGACUGCUUGGAGUGGGCAUUUGGCUCUCCGUGUCCCAAGGCAAUUUUGCCACCUUCUCCCCCAGCUUCCCAUCGCUGUCUGCAGCCAACCUCGUCAUUGCCAUAGGCACCGUCGUCAUGGUGACGGGCUUCCUCGGCUGCCUGGGCGCCGUCAAGGAGAACAGGUGCCUCCUUCUGAGUUUUUUCAUCGUCUUGUUGAUCACCCUCCUGGCGGAGCUGAUCUUAAUUAUCCUCUUCUUUGUCUACACGGACAAGGUGAAUGAGAACGCCAGGAAGGACCUGAAGGAAGGCCUGCUGCUGUACAACUCGGAGAACAACGUGGGGCUUAAGAACGCCUGGAACAUCAUUCAGGCCGAGAUGCGGUGCUGUGGUGUCACCGACUACACAGACUGGUACCCGGUGCUGGGGGAGAAUACGGUUCCCGACCGCUGCUGCAUGGAGAACUCCCAGGGCUGUGGGCGCAACAGCAGCGCCCCCGUGUGGAGGACGGGCUGCUACGAGAAGGUGAAGAUGUGGUUUGAUGACAAUAAACACGUGCUCGGCACGGUGGGGAUGUGCAUCCUGAUCGUGCAGAUUCUGGGCAUGGCCUUCUCCAUGACCCUCUUCCAGCACAUCCACCGGACUGGGAAAAAAUAUGACGCCUGAGCGGGCCGGCCGAACGCCCCGGCCCCGCAGACACUGCGCCCGGGAAGAGGCCUUCAGCUUGUGUCGCCUGCCCGCACCCUCCAGACUGCUGACCCCUGCACCCGCUGCCCCGGCCUGGCUUCCCCGCCGCCCGCUGCAGCCUUCUCGGCGGGCGGAGGCCAGGGAGGAGGAGGUGCAGAGACCUCGGGGUGCCGGGGUGCCCAGAUGCCUGUGUAUUUGCCAAAGAAGACAGGGUGGGCAGGCGGUGUGCUCUGGGAGCCCCCCGGCACCAGUGCGCUUCUGCCCUGUCCUUCCUCCGCUGACACUUUGUCCCUGCGUGGCGUGGGGCGGGAGGCGCAGGGCUCCCUCCCAGUGGAGAGACUUCGCGGCGGAGGCCCCGGUGCCCCCGGCCACCCGGAGAGCGGGUGCGCGGACGCAGGCGGGGCUGACCGUCUCCCGGCCGGGCCCCUGGAAACAUCUCGCCCAGGCUUUUUAUACCUUACAGUGUAACUUUUCUAUUUUAUUUUACUCUGAUUACGAUUAUUCAGGAAUACUAUCUCUUGGAUAAGUUUAGGGUUAGCUUUCUGAUUUAUAACUUUUUACUGCGUUGAUUUCUGUAACGGUUUGAUUUUCUUUCUGAGGGUGGGGACAGGCAGGGACAGGGCGUGUCCACCCGGUUUCUGUCAGGACAGGCCGCUGUGCACACUCAGGAGGCUCUCGCCAGGAUGCACUGAGGGUGGGGGAGCAGGGAGCCUGGGAGGGGCAGGGGAGACGGAGGCGCAGGAGGCCGUGCGGGGGCGAGGCCUGCAGGGUGCAGCGUUUGCCGAGGCCCAGGCCGCGUGAGAGGCCCGGGCGGGGGUCCUCUGGGGGCUGCGGGUGCUUUGCUUGGGAACGAGGCCGAGCGGUCGUGGGUCCUUAUGCGUCACUGAUGAGCAGUUCCUUUUCCCUUCUUCCUCCCUCCUGCCCUCUGUGGGCCCGGGAGGCUCCCCUUCCACCCCUGCGGGCAUUCCCGCGACAGGUUCUGCAAACACGUUAUUUCACAGACAUUCCUGCUAGAAACUCUUGGACAAAUACCUCUCUAGUUCAGACGCUGCUUACCCUCUCACGUUGCUUCUGGAAGGGGAAGCGGUCCUUCCGAGGAGCUGCUCAGACAGCGGCAGAGGACCCACGACCACCAGAGGGGAGGCGGAGCCGUGGUCGCUCCAGCCAGAGUCGCUCAGCUGCUGACUCCCUGCUGGAGGGAGGGAGAGACGUCCACCGGGUCCCAGGACCUCAUCUCCUUCCCUGGGGUUCAUCGAUGCUGAGGUGACUGGUGAUCACGUCCUCUGCGACCCCAAGGAAGAGUACCGAGACCCAAGAGAGGUCAGACGGGAUCCUGUUACGGUCGCCCCAGGACAGAGCAGCCUGAGUCAGGGCCUGGAGAUGGACAGUUGGGGGGCAUCCGACUGCCGCGGGGUGCCCCGACUAGGGUUCAUGCUGGUCUAAGCAAGUUGUGCAGUUAAAAAAAUAAGUCAAGAGUCCAUGGGGCUGAGAUUGGAAAGGUUUCCCCACCAGCUGGUGCUUCCCCAGGUGGGCCUCACCUGGGCGCUGCCUUUGUUCUGCACUGUUGGAUGGGUGCCCUGACCUCCUGGGGGGCCCUGUCUCCUCCCCAGCCUCCACCUGUCUGUUCCGAGAGCUGAGACCUGGCCACCCAGCCAGCAGCCCCCUUCUCCCUUAAGUACAAGACGGUUGGGACCAGUACAGAGCUUUUGGUGUGCGCGGGAGUCGAGCUUCUGGGUGCGGGCGGCAGAGAGUAGGGUGCGCUCAGCGGGUUGGGCAGAGCAGAGACCACCUCCUGAGACGGGAGUGGGGUGCUCAUGGGAAAGCCCGUGGGCAGGGCCGCGGGUGGAGGCCACAGGGGACGGGCCUUCCCCGCCCUCUGGCCCUGCCUUCCCGGGAGCCCAGGUCUGCAGAGCCCAGAGAGGACGCACCACCAUUCCGCCGCGAGGGACCCUCCACAAACAAGCAUUCGGGCGGCACAGCGGCCCUGCUGCGUAAUGGGUUUAUCUUGGGGGGGGUUUACACCUAUCAAUGCAAUGUAAAAUUUUUGUUAAAAUCAGCAGCGAAAGCCUAGCACCUUGGUGGUGUAUGGCCUCGCUAGCAUCUUAUGUUUCUGGGGCUUCAAGGGGCGUCCUCCGGCUCCCUCCUCCCGCCAGCCCCUGCCCCGUCCGUCUGUCCACAGAGCCUUGUCCACAGUUCCCCAAACUGCCUUCUCGCCUGACCCUGUGCUUGGCUGUUUUGUGGUUCGGCCGAGUCCGCGCACGGGGGUGGGGGGGCUCCUUCCAGGCCCUCGCCCACCGUGCAGAGCGGUCCCCACCGCGCCGUGUGACGUCAGUGAUGGGGCCCAGCACCUGCUCGGUUUCUCCCGACCCUGCUCUCGAGGGCAGCACUACCUGAGGGAAACCCCUCCUUGGCGACUCCCCUGCCAAGGUCACAGUUAGCUCAGUGGGGUCUGAUGCAGGCGGUUUACAGAGUUGACUCCCAAGGCCAAGGUCCUGCAGCCGUCAGGGGAGUGCCUGUCUCCACUCGGCCUCUCUCUGCAGCCGUCUCGCAAGGGAGGUGAGCCAGCAGGGCUGAGCACGGCCCUUGGGGACCCCAGCAGGUGCCGACCCCUGUUCCCCCGCUGGAGGCCCUCUCCUCUCUCCCCUCCAGCGUGGGCCUGCGUCGUGGCCCCUCACCUGGAAAGGUUGCUGGCCCACCCCAGGCCCUCGUGCAGGUGUUCUGGUUUCACUUGGACCAGAUGGCCGUCCGUCCUUGCUCUGGUGGCCAAAGAGUGGUCCAGGUGGAUGGAAAGGAUGUCCCGCCUCUCCGGCCCCUGCCCACCGCUGGUGGAGGUGCUAACAGCAGCGACCCAGCCAGGACGGAGCGGGAGCCGGGUGCCUGAGGUCCCCCCGCCCCUCGGCCCUUUAGGGCCGGCCUCUUGCGUUCCUGUUCUCCCAUCCCCCCGCUCCGCCGCCACGAGGCCAAGUCCAGGCCGUGUCCUUGCCUCGCCACGCUGACCGGGCCCCUCGAGGCCCAGGCCUGGGGCUUGUGCCCACACGCUGCCCGCUGGGGCAGCAUGGCCGAGCGGGGGUGCACGCGUGCUGUUUUCAAUGCACUUUUCUGCUUGCGAUGCCGUAUCUGUGCGCUUCCUUCCUCCUGGUCCUGGCUUACGGAACGCCAUGUUUUUAGCAUGUUUUUAAAUAAAAACUGAUAACGUGUCAAAAGCACACUCA